AUGGACCUCAAAACCGCAACCACGCGCCUCCGCCGCACCUUCGCCUACCCAACCGACACCACCACGCCCUCGUCCUCGCCCUCCCCCUCCAUCGCCGACGUCGCGCUCGACGAGCAAGAGCAAGAAGAGCUGAUCCACGCGCUAGCUCAACAAAACGCCUCGCGCAACGCUCAGUUCCGCCUCAUACUCCUCGCACUCCCCGUACUAUCAGCCCUACCCUACAUAAUCACCCUGUCCAGUCUCGUUUUCUCUCCUCGUCGAAGUAGUGGGAGUGGCGGCGGCGGAGAUGCUCCAAAGAGAACGGCACUGAAUUUUUACAUCGCCCUCCUCGCCCUGUCCAGUUUAGGUGUUACGGCCUGGACGCUGUGGUCGCUGCCGCCGGGCGUGACGGGUAUCCGGGCGCUGGACGCGUGGGUCGCUGGUAGUAAGAGGGGGAGCAACGGCAACGGCGAUAUACACGGCGGCAAUGGUGAUACAAGCAGCGACAGCUAUGGCUACAACAGCAUCAGUAGCGGUAGCGGUAGUGCGGUAGGAGGAGGAAGAAACGACACCACAACAACAGCUGCCCUGGGCCCACUAGGCGCCAACGCCCAGCGCCGCCGGCGCAGCAGCUUCUCGUUCUGGGCGCAGCACCGGUCGCCGCUGGAGCAGUACCUGCCGUUCCUGAACAUGGGCCUGUGCGCCGUGCUGGUCGUGACGGGCGUGCUGUCAUCGGGUGCUUCGUCCGUGGCGGCGGACCACUGGGGACACGUCGGGCUGGGGAACCUGCCGGCGAUCGUCUAUGUCGUUGUGCUGGUGGCCAAGAUGGUCAUGGGCAGUGUGGACCCGGAAAGGGAGCUCGUGGCUCUGCGUUACGAGUUUAAAGGGGCUUGA